AUGUCAGAGACGCAAAUUCCGAUCACAGAUCAUAGAAAGUCGGACGAGGACGAAGGCCCAGGAGCAUGCGAUUCUUGUAUUGUCGGCUUUUUUACUGUGAUCAUUAUUCUUCUAUUUCCAAUUUUUCUUCCUUUCUGCAUCAAAAUCGUUCAGGAAUACGAAAGAGCAGCCAUUUUCCGUCUUGGCAGACUGAAAAAUAAAAAAGCAAGCGGCCCUGGAAUCUUUUUCGUCAACUGCUUCACUGACACUUAUUGCCAAGUCGAUCUUCGCACAGUGGUUUUCGAUAUUCCGCCGCAAGAAGUACUGACAAAAGAUUCUGUCACAAUUCGCGUGGAUGCUGUUUGCUAUUACAAAGUCACUGAUGCUACAAAAUCCGUGGUUUCCGUUGACAACGCCAGCCAGUCGACGCGUCUCCUUGCUCAAACGACCCUUCGAAAUAUUCUCGGAACAAGAACCCUUACAGAGCUCCUGAGUGGACGAGACGAAAUUUCGCAUGAAAUCCAAGAAUCAUUGGACAAGGCAACUGAUCCUUGGGGAAUCUACGUUGAGAGAGUUGAGCUGAAAGAUCUUGUUCUCCCAGCAUCGAUGCAACGAGCAAUGGCUGCAGAAGCCGAAGCAUCGCGAGAGGCAAAGGCUAAGAUAAUCCAGUCGGAAGGCGAAAAGAAUGCUUCAAAGAACAUCGCAGAUGCAGCGAGAAUUAUUGCUGAGGCACCUCAAGCCAUCCAACUUCGAUAUUUGCAAACUCUCACAACCAUUUCUGCCGAGAAGAAUUCGACAAUCAUCUUCCCAUUACCGAUCGAAAUGCUCCCCAAUCGCGCUCAAGAAAACUAA